CUUCCGACCACAAUGAGCUCUUCUCAGGAGGAAGACCGUGUCGCUCGCCAACAGGCCAUACUGGGCCUCGGGAAAACAUAUUUAUCCACCCAGUCGCUUCCCCAAGAGCCUUCUGCAAACGAAAACACCACACUGUUACCGCAGCAUGUUCAAGACGAUGAAAACUACCCUCCCACUCGCACUCGGGGCAUUGUGUGGUCCAUCCUGACUAUACUGUUUUCUGUUAGUGUUAUCAUCUUAGUGGGCUUCCCGCAAAUACUUCCCGACGCAUUGGCCCCUCUCGUUGGCCGACUACCUAAAGACCCCUUACGCGCCGCUUUACAUAUUCUGGACGGGGCCCCUGUUAUCGUUAGAUCCCCUGCUUCCCGCUCUUCCAUCGCCUUAUACGUGGCAGACUUGCCUAUUCUAAUUCGCGAGCUUUACGCAAAUAACCUCACUGCCGUCGAUCUACGACGAGAUUUUGCGGGCCAUGUUGACAUCCCGCGCUUGCAACAAGGAAAAGUUGGUGGUUUCUUCUGGUCUGUUUAUGUCGGUUGUGCAGCGCCGACGGAAGAAGGCGAAGAUUUCUUGACAGCCACUUGGCGCGUUCGGGAUACCCUCGAACAAAUAGACGUCGCAAAACUAGCCAUCGAGCAGUAUUCAGAUGUCUUUCAUUUUGCGCUAAGUUCGCAAGACAUCAGGGACGCAAUUUCAACUUAUUGGGCGUUGAAGGGUUUGCCGCUCAAUAUAUCGGUUCCAAUUAACUUGUUCAUCCUCGACAGAGGCCAUCAACUGGGCAAUUCUCUGGCAACUUUGCGUCAAUAUCACGCAUUGGGUGUUCGUUAUGUCACCUUAACGCACACUUGCCACAACGCUUUUGCCGAUUCAUGCGGCUAUGCUCCCGGUUUCCCUCCCCUCCAUGGAGGCUUGAGGCAAGUGGUUUGGCACCGCAAUCUUCCCAACUCAACUCUAUCUAGCCCCCUUGGGCUACGUCUCAUCGAUGAAAUGAACCGUCUCGGUGUUCUCGUCGAUCUUUCUCAUACUUCAGACGAGACAGCGAAGAUGGCGCUCCGUUACUCGAAGGCGCCUGUCAUUUGGUCUCAUUCCUCUGCUCGUGCUGUUCAUGAUGUGCCACGGAAUAUCCCGGACGAUGUUCUUGCCCUAGUGGGUACUGGGCGCCACCAAACUGAUGCUGUUGUAAUGAUCAAUUUCGCGCCUCAGUUCGUUGCGGACGACGGUCGAGCUGACACUGCCGCCGUGGCAGACCAUGUUGAGCAUGUCGCUCGUGUUACCGGGAAGAAACACGUUGGAAUUGGCAGCGAUUAUGAUGGCAUUGGCUCAACACCCGCAGGCCUUGAGGAUGUGUCGAAAUACCCUAACCUGUUUGCUGAGCUCUAUCGCCGCGGUUGGACGAAACACGAACUGGCUGGGCUUGCUGGUGCGAAUCUUCUGCGUAUCUUGGAGGGCGCCGAACAAACAUCGCGGGAACUGAAGGCCGCAAACACCCCACCAGCAUUCGAUCUCUAUGACAAACGUCCAGAUCUGCCGCGGAAACGGUGA